AUGGGCCAAGAUAGAUUUAUUGCAAUGAUGGGUCCAUCAGUUUUACCAUACUACGAGGAAAAUAAUGAUUGCGUGGUUCGAUGUGAUCCAAAUAUUACGGAAAUACAUAAAAGUUGGCCUGUGUUAUGGACUAAUGAACAAGUAAAAAAUAGUAUUGAGUUACAAAAAUCCAUUGCUGAUGGUAAACUUCGAAUAUCACGUGAAUGGAUGGACUUUGAAAUAACGGCUGCUGGAACGAAGCAUCAUCGUCCCUUUCUACAGUUUGAAGAACUUAUUAAACUGCAGACAAUUAAUGGAUUAGACAUGGGAUCUUCCUUGCACAGUCGAAUAACUGCCACUCGAAUAAUUAACGUUAUCGCAAAAGAGAUGCGCCAACGGCUAAUUACACGUCUUAUAGAGUCAAAUUCAAAAUUCACUAUAAUGAUUGACGAAUCGGCUACACUGAGCACAAAAUGCACACUGAUUUUAUAUAUUUCAUCAAACUUUGAUUCAGAGACUCCUAUUGUAGUAUUUCUUGAUUUAAUAGAGCUGGAUAGACAAGACGCUGUAAAUAUUGAGAAAGCCUUGUGGUUGAGUUUAGAAAAAAUUGGAAUUUCUAAGUCUUUUGCAUUGAAGAAUUGGAUUGCAUUUACAAGUGAUGGAGCUAGUGUAAUGACAGGCACGAAAUCUGGAGUAGCUGCUAAACUUUGUGAGAAGAUACCGCAACUAUUUACGUGGCAUUGUUUAUGUCAUCGACUUGAACUUUCAGUACAUGUCAUAAAAGAUGUGCAAGGUGUUUCUCGUUUUCAAAGUUUAAUGGAUAAACUUUACUCUUAUUAUCACCAAAGUCCUAAAAAUUCUAGGGCUUGUUUGGAGGUUGGAAUUGAAAUGAAAAAAAUUGGUCGUAUUUUAAACGUGCGUUGGUCUGCCAAAUCUUCUUUCCAAGAGGAGCUUGGACUCUUUUGUGACGUCCUUUUCAAACUCAGAAUGUUGUCUUAUGUACUUCAAUCAAGAAAAACAACAUUAAUGCGCGCUCAAUCAGAAAUUUGUAGGACAAUUAGAAUUCUAGAAAGCCUGAAGACAGAACCUGGUGAAAAAGAAAAAUAA